AUGGCGGCGAUGGCGAAUCUCGCUAACACCAUGGAAGCUAAUGCUGCUGUGACUCUGCAAGCAGUGCAGAGAUUGGGCCAACCGAUUGGGAAUGGCAACGGAAAUGGGAAUGGCGAAGGGAAUACCAAUGAUAAUGCUGAGGGUAAUGGCGAUAACACAGGAGGAGUUCCGAUGACCUUGGCGACGUUCCUCAAGGUUCAUCCGCCAACUUUUCGAGGAUCCACAGAUCCUAUUGAAGCGGACCACUGGUUCCAGGCUAUAGAGCGUGCUUUACAGGCGCAACAUGUUCCUCUCAAUCAAUAUGUAGAGUUUGCCGCUUAUCAGCUAGCGGGAGAGGCCCAGCCCUGGUGGCAAGCUGAGUGUCGUUUGCUACAGCUUCAGAACGCCGACAUUCCAUGGGAGGUGUUCCAAAUGGCUUUCUAUAAGAAAUACUUUCCUGAGUCUGCAAGGGAAGCAAAGGAGAUGGAGCUAAUGCAGCUGAAGCAAGGUUCCAUGUCUGUGGCAGAGUACACCAACAAGUUCGAAGAGCUUUGUAGGUUUUCUCGGGUAUGUCAGGGUGACCCGGAGACUUUCGAGAGCUGGAGGUGCAUUAAGUACCAAAGGGGCUUGAAGGACAACAUUAUGACUGCUGUGGCUCCUAUGGAGAUCCGUGUCUUCUCCGACUUGGUGAACAAAGCAAGGGUAGUGGAGGAGUAUGCCAAGACAGUGGCGGCAUCUAAGGACACUCAUGGAGGGAGCUCUAGUCGUGGGCGUGGCAAGUAUUUUCAUCCUAGAGGACAAAGCUUCAAAAGAGGGGGAUAUACUCCUCAAGGCCAAGGGAGCUUCAGAAAGAACAAUCAGAAUCAGUUUCAGUAUGCUAAAGGAAGAGGAAAUCAGAGUAAGAGUUAUCCGGAUUUAGCUUGUGAUCGUUGUGGACGUUUUCACCCUUAUGACUCAUGUAAGAUUGGUUUAGGUGGUUGCUUCAAGUGUGGGUUACCUGGCCACAUUGCGAGGGAUUGCCCUCGUGGGAGGAAUCAGAAUGCGGGCCAGAGUCAGCAUCAAGGUCGAGUCUUUGCUGUGAAUGCCAAGGAUGCUUCCAAGGCGGAUCCUUUGAUGAAAGGUAUAUGUCUAAUUGGUGAUAAAUCCUCAGUUGCAUUAUAUGAUACUGGAGCUUCGCAUUCGUUUAUUUCAUUUGCUAAAGUUGAGGAAUUAGGCUUGAAAGUAUCAGAGUUACCUUUUGAUCUACAUGUACAUACUCCGCAUCAAACAAUUAUGACUAGGUCAAGCUGUAGACAAGUAGGUUUCAAGCUUGAGGGUAGAGACUUUGUACACGAUUUGAUCUGUUUACCAAUGGUGGGGCUGGAGAUGAUUUUAGGGUUUGAUUGGUUGUCGAAGAACCGAAUUUUGUUGGAUUGCUUUGAACGGACAAUUCGAUUUAUGCCGGAAGGAGAAAAUGGAGCAGUGGUAGCUACAGGGUAUUACCUGAACUCUGUAAUGGUGCAUUAUAGUGGGGAGGAGUGUCAGGGUUAUAUUCUGUUGGCUGUCAAUGCGUUGGGCGAUGCCCAGAACUUAGAUCAAAUUCCGGUGGUUAGAGAUUUUCCAGAAGUGUUCCCGGAAGAUAUCCCCGAGUUCCCACCUCAAAGGGAAAUUGAGUUUACGAUUGAAUUAGUGCCGGGAGCCGGACCAGUAUCGAUUGCACCGUAUAGAAUGGCUCCUAUAGAGCUGGCAGAGCUAAAGACUCAGUUGGAAGAGCUUCUGAAUAAGAGGUUCAUUCGACCGAGUGUAUCACCGUGGGGAGCGCCAGUUUUAUUGGUGAAGAAGAAAGAUGGAGGGAUGCGUUUGUGUGUGGAUUACCGACAGUUAAAUAAAGUGACAGUAAAGAACAAGUACCCGCUGCCAAGGAUAGAUGACUUGAUGGAUCAAUUGCAAGGAGCUGGAGUGUUUUCCAAGAUUGAUUUGAGAUCCGGUUACCACCAGAUAAGAGUGAAGGAAGAUGAUAUCCCUAAGACUGCCUUUAGAACUCAGAUCCGUGUCUUCUCCGACUUGGUGAACAAAGCAAGGGUAGUGGAGGAGUAUGCCAAGACAGUGGCGGCAUCUAAGGACACUCAUGGAGGGAGCUCUAGUCGUGGGCGUGGCAAGUAUUUUCAUCCUAGAGGACAAAGAUUCAAAAGAGGGGGAUAUACUCCUCAAGGCCAAGGAGGCUUCAGAAAGAACAAUCAGAAUCAGUUUCAGUAUGCUAAAGGAAGAGGAAAUCAGAGUAAGAGUUAUCCGGAUUUAGCUUGUGAUCGUUGUGGACGUUUUCACCCUUAUGACUCAUGUAAGAUUGGUUUAGGUGGUUGCUUCAAGUGUGGGUUACCUGGCCACAUUGCGAGGGAUUGCCCUCGUGGGAGGAAUCAGAAUGCGGGCCAGAGUCAGCAUCAAGGUCGAGUCUUUGCUGUGAAUGCCAAGGAUGCUUCCAAGGCGGAUCCUUUGAUGAAAGGUAUAUGUCUAAUUGGUGAUAAAUCCUCAGUUGCAUUAUAUGAUACUGGAGCUUCGCAUUCGUUUAUUUCAUUUGCUAAAGUCGAGGAAUUAGGCUUGAAAGUAUCAGAGUUACCUUUUGAUCUACAUGUACAUACUCCGCAUCAAACAAUUAUGACUAGGUCAAGCUGUAGACAAGUAGGUUUCAAGCUUGAGGGUAGAGACUUUGUACACGAUUUGAUCUGUUUAUCAAUGGUGGGGCUGGAGAUGAUUUUAGGGUUUGAUUGGUUGUCGAAGAACCGAAUUUUGUUGGAUUGCUUUGAACAGACAAUUCGGUUUAUGCCGGAAGGAGAAAAUGGAGCAGUGGUAGCUACAGGGUAUUACCUGAACUCUGUAAUGGUGCAUUAUAGUGGGGAGGAGUGUCAGGGUUAUAUUCUGUUGGCUGCCAAUGCGUUGGGUGAUGCCCAGAACUUAGAUCAAAUUCCGAUGGUUAGAGAUUUUCCAGAAGUGUUCCCGGAAGAUAUCCCUGAGUUCCCACCUCAAAGGGAAAUUGAGUUUGCGAUUGAAUUGGUGCCGGGAGCCGGACCAGUAUCGAUUGCACCGUAUAGAAUGGCUCCUAUAGAGCUGGCAGAGCUAAAGACUCAGUUGGAAGAGCUUCUGAAUAAGAGGUUCAUUCGACCGAGUGUAUCACCGUGGGGAGCGCCAGUUUUAUUGGUGAAGAAAAAAGAUGGAGGGAUGCGUUUAUGUGUGGAUUACCGACAGUUAAAUAAAGUGACAGUGAAGAACAAGUACCCGCUGCCAAGGAUAGAUGACUUGAUGGAUCAAUUGCAAGGAGCUGGAGUGUUUUCCAAGAUUGAUUAGAGAUCCGGUUACCACCAGAUAAGAGUGAAGGAAGAUGAUAUCCCUAAGACUGCGUUUAGGACACGCUAUGGACAUUACGAGUUUGCGGUAAUGUCUUUUGGGUUAACGAAUGCACCUGCUGUUUUCAUGGAUUACAUGAACAGAGUGUUUAGUCCCUUUUUAGACAAAUUCGUGGUGGUUUUCAUAGAUGACAUCUUAGUUUACUCUAAGACGGUAAAGGAGCAUGAGGAACACUUGAGGAUUGUACUGCGAAUCUUAAAGGAGCAGAAGUUCUAUGCUAAGUUGUCAAAGUGCAAGUUCUGGAAGGAGGAAGUAAAGUUCUUAGGCCAUGUGGUGAGUAAGGGAGGAAUAGCUGUAGAUCCUUCUAAAGUAGAAGCGGUGAUGGAAUGGGAAAGACCGACGACUGUGACGGAAGUCAGAAGCUUUUUGGGUUUAGCCGGAUAUUACCGGAGAUUUAUCGAAGGAUUUUCCCGGAUUGCGCUACCAAUGACAAAGUUGACAAGGAAAGAAGUGUCGUUCGAGUGGACGUCGGAGUGUGAAGAAAGUUUUCAAACGUUAAAGCAGAGAUUAACUUCAGCACCUGUUCUAAUCCUACCGGAACCGCGUGAACCGUUUGAGGUAUAUUGUGAUGCUUCUUUGAAGGGUUUGGGUUGCGUGUUGAUGCAACACCGGAAUGUGGUGGCUUACGCAUCGCGUCAGCUAAGACCGCAUGAGGUGAAUUACCCCACUCAUGACUUGGAAUUAGCGGCGAUUGUGUUUGCAUUGAAGAUUUGGAGACACCACUUAUACGGAGUAAGGUUUAGCGUCUUUUCUGAUCAUAAGAGUCUCAAGUACAUGUUUGAUCAGAAAGAGCUAAAUAUGCGCCAGAGAAGGUGGAUGGAAUUGCUUAAAGAUUAUGAUUUCGAGUUGAGUUAUCACCCUGGAAAGGCGAAUGUGGUAGCAGACGCUUUGAGUCAGAAAUCUUUAACAAUUGUUUGGAUGAGAAUCAAAGAAGAAGAACUAGUGGAUAAGUUUGUAGAUCUUAAGCUGGAUAUUAGUGAAGUUGCCGGAAGAGCUUGUUUGAAUCAGUUACAGAUUUCAAGCACGUUUAAAUCAGAAAUACAAAGGGCUCAGCAAGAUGAGCAGAAGUUUCAGCAAUUGUUUCAACCAGUUGGUAAUAAGAGACGCGAAGAAUUCACUAAGGAUGAUGAAGGGUUAUGGAGAUACAAGGGAAGGAUUUGCAUACCAGAUGUUGGGAGUUUGAGGCGAGACUUGCUGUUGGAGGCUCACAACAGUGGGUUUUCUAUUCAUCCCGGGAGCACGAAGAUGUAUUAUGACUUGAAGAAGAUGUUCUGGUGGCCGGGGAUGAAGGGUGAUGUAGCUACAGUGGUAUCCAAAUGUUUGACCUGCCAGAAAGUGAAGAUAGAGCAUCAAAAACCGUCAGGAAUGCUACAACCACUUGAGAUUCCUCAGUGGAAGUGGGAAGGAAUUGCUAUGGAUUUUGUUACCGGUUUACCGAGGACUAGGUCGGGGUUUGAUGCGAUUUGGGUGAUCGUAGAUCGCUUAACCAAAUCCGCUCAUUUUCUGCCUAUCCGACUAAACUGUUCUAUGGAGGAGUUGGCAAGAUUAUACAUCAAGGAGAUAGUGAGGUUGCACGGUGUGCCGUCAAGCAUAGUAUCGGACCGUGAUCCCCGAUUCACAUCAAGGUUUUGGGGAACUCUCCAAAGAGCUUUCGGUACAAAGCUAUGUCUUAGUACGGCGUAUCAUCCACAAACAGAUGGACAAUCGGAAAGGACUAUUCAAACGUUGGAAGAUAUGCUGAGAGCAUGUGUGUUGGAUCAACCCGGGAGUUGGGAUCGUUACAUGCCAUUGGUGGAGUUCGCAUAUAACAACAGUUUUCAUGCAAGCAUUGGGAUAGCUCCGUAUGAGGCUUUGUAUGGACGAAAGUGUCAGUCUCCACUUUGUUGGUAUGAAAUUGGAGAAGUAAGUGUUUUGGGUCCAGAUUUGAUAGCAGAGACUACUGAGAACAUUAAGAAGAUUCGUGCAAGGAUUUUAACUGCCCAAAGUCGACAGAAGAGUUAUGCGGAUCAGAGAAGGAAACCCUUAGAGUUUGAAGUGGGAGAACAUGUAUUCCUUAGGGUUACACCGACAACUGGGAUUGGAAGAGCAAUCAAGACCAAGAAGUUGAACCCAAGAUAUAUAGGACCGUUUGAGGUUUUGAAGAGAUUCAGUCUAGUGGCGUAUCAAGUAGCUUUGCCACCUCAUCUGUCUAACUUGCAUGACGUAUUCCACGUGUCACAACUCCAUAAGUACACGUCAGAUGUGUCUCAUGUGUUAGAGCCUGAGUCAAAAAAUGUAUUUUAUGUGAAAAACCGGGAAAAACUACGAACCGGCAGUUGA